ACGUCAUCGGGCCUAAUCCAGGAAGUAGAAAAACAUCAACAAUCCUUCCAGGUUAGGGCGAAAGUGUUGGAACUAGCGAAGCCCAAAUUUCUCGGGAGGUCCGUUUUGUUCAGAUAAUUUCACGGCGAGAGAGUCGCAGUACGCUUAGACAUGUCGCUGUUUGGCAAGAUAUUUGGAGGGGGAGGAAAAGGAGGAAAGGGACCGAGUCCGCAGGAGGCGAUCCAGAAACUCCGCGAGACGGAAGAGAUGCUAACGAAGAAGCAGGAAUUUUUAGAGAAAAAGAUCGAACAGGAGCUGCAAAUAGCGAAGAAAAACGGCACGAAAAAUAAACGAGCGGCGCUGCAGGCUUUGAAACGAAAGAAGCGCUACGAGAAGCAGCUCGCUCAGAUCGACGGCACGCUGUCCACCAUCGAGUUCCAGAGGGAGGCUUUGGAAAACGCCAACACCAACACUGAAGUGCUUAAGAACAUGGGCUUUGCUGCCAAGGCCAUGAAGUCGGCCCACGAAAACAUGGACAUCGACAAGGUGGACGACUUGAUGCAGGACAUAACGGAGCAGCAGGAGCUGGCUCAGGAAAUAUCUGAUGCCAUCUCUAAACCUGUCGGCUUUGGAGAGGAGUUUGAUGAAGAUGAGCUGCUGGCAGAGCUGGACGAGCUGGAACAGGAAGAGCUGGACAAAAACCUGCUGGAGAUCGGGGGCACGGAGAACGUGCCCCUCCCCAACGUGCCUUCCACUUCACUACCUUCCAGACCCGCCAAGAAAGAGGAGGACGAGGACGACAUGGAGGACCUGCAGCGCUGGGCGAUGGAAGCCAUGUAAACACAGCCUCCCUCACAUCAUACCUGCAGCGAGAAGGGGAACGAGGGGAAGUAGAUGGAAUGAACGGACAGGAUGUUGAGUGUUCUUUUGUGUGUUUGAGGAGAAUUGACUGUCUACUUUAUGUAACACUACAGAUAAGCAACAA